ACUCUCUCUCUCUCUCUCUCUCUCUCUCUCUCUCUCUCUCUCUCUCUCUCUCUCUCACACACACACACACACACACACACCUUUUGCAAGCUACAGAAGCUACUCAUCAAUUUGCAGCCACACAGGGUGAUCAUUCAAAGAGCUAGCUUUUAUAACUUAACACACAAGAACAAGAAAAAAGAUGAAAUCUUGAUUAAUUGCAGUGUAAAGAAAAGAAGAAGAGAGAUAAUCAAUGGCUUCAGCAAGCUCUUACAACUCUCCAUGUGCUGCCUGCAAGUUCUUAAGAAGAAAAUGCAUGCCUGGUUGCAUCUUCGCUCCCUACUUCCCACCCGAGGAGCCACAAAAAUUCGCAAACGUUCACAAAAUCUUCGGUGCCAGCAAUGUCACUAAGCUUCUCAAUGAUCUCCUCCCUCAUCAGAGAGAAGAUGCCGUGAAUUCACUUGCAUAUGAAGCUGAAGCUCGCGUUAGGGAUCCUGUUUAUGGCUGUGUUGGUGCCAUCUCUUUCCUCCAAAGACAAGUAGAUCGUCUGCAAAAGGAGCUGGAUGCUGCCAAUGCCGAUUUAAUUCGAUAUGCAUGCAAUGAGAUCCCAACAGGGACGUUACCAGCUGCAGUGCCACAUUUGAAUUCAAUUCAGCCGAUAACACCGCGGCAAAGAACCAUGGAUCAUUACCCUACUAGAAGGACGUCUGGAAACAUUGAUGGUGGUGGUAAUGGAGGUGGUGGAUUCUACCAAUCACCACCAUCUUUUCCUAAUCCGUAUGCUAAUCAACUUCAGUGGAACCCUUCUACUUUCGGUGGUAAUAUGGGCGGUGGUGGUGGAGGACAAGGUUAACAUGUGAAUUUCUGUCAAUCUCUCCGAAGGCCACAUACAUGUUAUAAGACCCUCUUUUGGGAUUUUACUCUACAUUACUAUGUGGUUUACUAGCUAAACUCUAUAGUGAGCGUACGAUGUAUAUAUAUAUAUAU